AUGUGGGCCCUGGAGAGGGUGAAGAAGGCCAGGAUCUACGAGACUGCCGAGCCCCACCACUCCGAGGCGCUGCCCGCCAUCGUGCCUUUUGGGGCCGCUCUGGUCGGGGGGGAUCAGGGAGAGCUACGCUGGGACGACGCGCUGGUUCGCGGCUGGGAAGAGCUGGCGAGAGCAGCCGCGUUGUGGGCGGGUUUGGCCCUCGCUGCGGAGAGGGCGGCCAGCUGCGCUGGGGCGUCGGUAAGCCAGCUGCCCGAACCAACGCUAAGCCUGGAGCCAUUGCUGACCAAGGUGCGCAAGGGGAGGCUCGAGGACUCGUUGGCCAGGCUGGUCAAGCGACGGCUCUACCGCAGGCCGUCUCUGAAGCAGAGGUUUCCAUGUGGGCCCGCCAACGCCAGCGCCGACGGGCCGGUCGGGGGCAUGCUGCUCACGCCCCACGGCCGCGCUCUCGCCCCUUUCGACAGCCCUGUGAGCUGUGAGCACGUAGCGGACAUAGAGCACAUCGAGGCAGGCCACAUGUGGAUGCACUCUGAGGAGGUCGACGGGAUCGGCCGCGGCCUCGGCAUCCGGGACAUCGCGGCCCCUUGGGAGGUGGUGUUCGGGCAGGUGACGGACCUGAAAGGCUACGUGGGAAAGGUGCCGAUGCUGUCCGAGCUCCAGGUGUACUCCAGUACGGCGAGGGGUCCGGAGGUCGUCGAACAUGCUGCCUACAAGAUCAAAGUGAUCCCAGGCUAUUGGUUCGAGUAUUUCGUCGAGCACCACGCUGUGAAGUCGAAGAGGACGAUGCUCUUCUACCUCGACUACGGGCGCAAUAGCGAUUUCCAAGACAUGCAGGGCAGGUGGUUCCUGGAGGCUUUUGGCGCAAUCGAGCGGGGGCCAGAUCACGCGACUCGGUGCGUUACGUCCAGACCAAGGAAUCGCCAGACAGCGAGUUGGACUGCCAUCGUUGGAUCUUUGCCGUCAACUUUCGCCAGGAGCUGCGCCAGGCUUCCCUGA